UUAACCGGCUGCUCUACCUUCCGGCUCCCAAAUUGUAUUUAUUUUUCUUUUAUUUUAAAUAUUUUAUUUAUUCCCUUUUGUUGCCCUUGUUUCGAACCGGGAUCCUUACGCUGGUCCUUGCGCUCCAAUUUGUAUUUCUUAAAGGACUCUCCAUAUAGUUUUUUUUUUUGUAACUCUAUGCACGGAAACAACAAAAAAAGGUGCGGGGCACGGUGGUGGCACACCUGGGUAAGUGCACGUUACAGUGUGCAAGGACCCAGGUUCAAGCCUGGGGGGAACUUCUCCAGUGGUGAACCAGGGUUGCAGGUGUCUCUCUUCCUAUCUCCCCCUUCCCUCUCAGUUUCUCUCUAUCCAAUAAAUAAAGAUGAAAAAAAAAUUUUAGGAGUAUGGAUGGACCUGCCAUUGCCCAUGUCCAGGAAAGAAGCAAUUAUAGAAGCCAGGCCUCCCACCUUCUGCACCCCAUAAAGAUCUUUGGUCCAUACUCCCAGAGGGAUCAAGAAGAGGCCAUGGUGUCCUUUGAAGAUGUGGCUGUGAUGUUUACCUGGGAGGAGUGGCGGGAGUUGGAGAAGGAUCAGAGGAGCCUGUACAGGGAUGAGAUGCCAGAGUUUGGAGACAGCCUUCUGGCCCCAUGGGACAUGGUGUCCUUUGAAGACGUAGCUGUUAUGUUUACCUGGGAGGAGUGGCAGGAGCUGGAGGAGGAUCAGAGGAGCCUGUACAGAGAUGUGAUGCUGGAGACAUACAGUAUCCUGGCCUCCGUGGGGCUUUGCAUUACCAAACCAGAGGUAAUCAUCAGUUUGGAGUGUGGAGCAGAGCCAUGGAGUAUAAGAAAACCUCUCAUUCACAGCCUGUCAGGUGAAAAACUUUUCGAAUUUAAAGAAUAUAGGAGGACCAACAUCUCCCAGAAGGGCCAUCGUAAAGUCCAUGAAAGAAGUCACACAGGAGAGAAGCCCUACGAAUGUCAUGAAUGCAGGAAAACUUUUUCUUUCAAAAGUUACCUCAUCAGACACCAGAGAACCCACACAGGAGAGAAACCCUAUGAAUGCAGUGAAUGCAGAAAAACUUUCUCAUGGCAUGGAAGUCUGAUAUGGCAUCAGAGAACCCACACAGGAGAGAAAUCUUAUGAAUGUAAGGAAUGUAGGAAAACUUUCUCCCACCAUGGAAAUCUGAAACGACACCAGAGUAUCCACACAGGAGAGAAACCCUAUGAGUGUAAAGAAUGUUGGAAAACUUUUUCCCGUCAGGGCUAUCUGAGAGAGCAUCUGAGAACUCAUACAGGAGAGAAACCCUACGAAUGUAGAGAAUGCAGGAAAACUUUCUCAUGGCUUGGAGGUCUGAAAGUGCAUCAGAGAACCCAUACAGGAAUGCUCCCCUAUGAGUGUAAAGAAAGUAAGAAAACUACUGGGCAUGGAAGUCUGAGAUGGCAUCAGAAAAUCCACAUGGGAGAGAAUCCUUGUGAAUGUUAAAAAUGCAGAAAAGUUGUAUUUAUUUAUUUAUUUUUUUAAUUUUACAAUCAGAACAUCAUCGGACACCAUGGAAUGCACACAGGAGAAAAACACUGUGAAUGGAAAGAAUGUAGGAAAACCUGGCAGGCUCAUCUCAAGGAGCAUCAGAAAACUCACAAUAGGGCUAAGGAUACAGCAUGAUGUUAUGCAAAAGACUCUCAUGCCUAAAGCUCUGAGGAUCUGGUUAAAUUUCCAACACCACCAUAGUCAGAGCUGAGCAGGGCUCUGGUCUUUCCCUGUGUGUAUUUCUCUCACUCAUUAAAUAAAAGAUUUUAAAAAGA